UAAGAAAUGCAACUGAAUCAAAACAUUUCUACAAGUUUAGUCUAACACAACCGUUAGACGAGCUUUACAUAAUUUUAACAUGAACGAAGAAUUAAAAUUAGUUAUAAAUAAGUUAAAUACUUUACUGGCAACCGACUUAAACAUAAUUUCGAUUAAUUCCUUAUCGGAUACUGAACUACUACAACUUGUAAUUAAAGUUUUGCAUCAUCUUGGAAUCUGCUCAUUGGUCGGUGCUGAAGAAAAUAAAGAACUAACAGUUUUCGUUAUAUUGGAAUCAUUACGAAAAAUUAAAUAUGUCCCACCGUCUGAAAUAUCUCCCGAAUUGUUUAGAGAUGGACUACUUAAUGGCAAUUUUAAAAUUAUUAUACAACUUUUAUUUUGGUUAUUACAAAAUGAAACUGAAAUAGGCAAAAGAGCCUAUUUGUCAAAAUAUGUCGAAAAAAUUGACAUUCCCCUGGAAACAUUGAGUGACGCGAAUGUUCAAGAAAUAUACCAACAGUAUGAGUCUAAAAUUGAAGAAUUUUGGAAGACGUACAGUUUGUAUAAGCGAGAGAAAAAGAACGAAGAAGAAACUGUAGAACUGAAAAAAGAUAUAGAAAGAAUGGAUUUUGAUCUCCAAAAAUUAAUCCAACGAACCAAUAGCCAAAAAGAGAAAGUGGAGAGUAUGGCAGAUCGAGAUAUGUUGCUAACACUUGCUAAGGCUUACACAAAAGAAACAAUGGAAGAGAAAAAAUUACAAGAGCAGCUUAUGACUCAACAAACGUCGCUAAACCAAAUUGAAAAUCAAAUUAAAAUUUUAAAUGAAUCUAUAUCGAAAAGAAAAAUAUCAGAACCUAUUAGAAACAAACCUUUGGAAUAUUUAGAAAGUGAUUUUCAAACUAACAAACUUCUCGCAGAAGAAGAACUACCAAAAGAAUAUGAGAAGCUCAAUUUGGAAUUGGGUUUAUUAGAAACUGUGUUGAAUGAACCAGAGCCGAUAGAAGCUGAACUUGAAAUGCUCAGUGAAGAGGUAGAAAAACUGCAACUACAAAUACAAAGCCUCUCAGAACAAAAGUUGUCUUUGGUGCAUUCAAACAACGAUAUUCUUCGUCCAUAUCAAAACCAAGCAACUGCGAUAGAAAAUAAGAAGCAGCAACUGACAAAAACAGUCAUAGAAAAAAAAGAAUACUUAAAUAAACUGAACAAAACUCUGACCGAGAAACAAGACAAAUUAGUUUCGUAUGUUGGAGGGCCGGUGCUGCAUGGAGAUGAACUGCGAAGUUACGUAUCAAAAUUACGUGAACUAAGCGUGACUUACAAAGAGAAAAAAACCCAACUUCAGGGUCUUUUUAAUGAGCUUGGUAUUGUCAGCCGCACUUAUGAGAUUCUCAAUGUGAUCGAUCCCAAUAUUCAAAAAAUAGUUAAAGAAAAAGAAGAACAAGAUAAAAGUGCUGAAGACACAGCUGUUCCUGCGGAAGACGAACAUAAGCUUAAAACGGCGGUUUUUCAGUUAGCUCAAGAAGCGGAUAGAAAGCAAGCGGAAGCCAAACAAAUUAAGGAGGAACUUGCCAAUUUAAAACAAGAAAUUCAAACAGUAAAUGAAAAAUACCAGAAUGCCAAAGAGAAUUUCCAACGAAUAACAGGUUACGCGGUAGACGAAUUAGAAAAAUUACGCAAAGAAAACGAUGAUUUUGAAGAAGAGAUACGAAAAUUAGAAGAAAAGUGGAAACUCUUACGGAGAGAAAUAGAUAGAAAAGAAGAGCUUUUGCUUCGGUUAAGUGAAGAUAUGAUUAACUCUGCUGAUGAUGAUAAUGUUGAUGGUGAUGGAAAGAAGGAACCUACUCAACUGGAAAAACUGGAAAAUAAACUUCACGAAAAGGAGAAACAAAAAAGAGAAUUAGCUCUUAAAAAGCAAGCGCUUCAUAACAAAAAGGACCAAGUUCACGAGCAAAUGGAAAUAAUUAACGGCAUUGUCCACAUAUUAAAUUGUAAACAAAAAUUGUUAAAUCAAUAAAAUGUA